UCUCGGGUUUUCGUUGUUGUGCAAAUUCGGUCACCGUACAAUUGUUUGUCAAAGAUGGCGAAUUUUUUGAACCUGUGCAAAUGAAUUUUUUUUUACGGUUUACUAUCGUUCUUUACAGACCCGAUAAAGCAGUCAAACCUACAUCGGUAAAUUGCUCUCUAUUGAGUAGGGUCAGGUGUGAAUUGACAUAAGCUGUAACGCAAGCUAGCCAGAUAAAUGGACGGAAAUGAGACCAAUUCUGCCUAUUCGUCAGAUGAGUCAUGGUCGACAUCCGAAGAUAACUCUUCUGGGAAUGAAUAUUCUGUAAAAACAAAAGAAGAUAAGUUGUUAGACACUGAAAUAAAGGAUCAAAUACAGAAUAAUGAUAGAGCACGAAGAAAGAAAAGGAAACACAAGCACAAACAUAAACAUAAACACAAACACAAAAAACACAAAAAGAAACAUAAAAAACAGAAAAGAAAAAAGGAGGACAGAGGAGAUAAAGAUAAAGAACUUUCCAGAUCACCGAAUAGAAGCAGAUCACGCGAUGAAAAUAAAAGAAGCACGAAAUCACCUAGACAUUCGAAAGAAAUGUUGCGUUCAAAAAGAAGAAGUCGUUCAAGAAGUAGAAACAGAAGUGGAAGUCGUUCCAGAGACAGAAGACGGGACAGGAGUUACUCUAAAAGUCGAAGCCAUUCAAAGAGAAUGCGGACUAAUUCUGGUGAAAAAAAGUGUUCCUCCAGGAGAAGUCGCUCCAGAACAAGAAGGAGUCAAUCAAGACAUAGGAGUCACUCAAGAAGUAAAAGGAGCCAUUCCAGUGAAAGACAUAGGCAUUCAAGUCAUAGAAAAGCUAGCUCUAUUAAUAGGAGAAGCAGAUCAAUAAGUAGACGAAGUCGUUCUCGCAGCAGAAGUUCAUCCAGCAGUAAACAAAGAAGAUUAAAGUCUUCUUGGGAUGUAAAGCAUGUGUCUGCCAACAGACAUCGAAGUAGAAGUCCUCUAACAACUUCAAGUCAAAACGAUGUGUUUAAUCGUUUAAAGGCAUCCAAUUCUAAGAAAUCCAUUGAGAUUAAAAUUCCAGAAUCACUCAGCUUAAGAAAAGGUGAUACAGAAGCGAAACCAAGUUUGUAUGGUCGAUGGGAAGCUUACCAGCCAGAAGACACAGAUAAACAAGAUUUGAGCAAACUAACUAAACUAUGUCAAACAAUUUCAGCAAGAGAAGGUGUUGUGGAAGAGAAAAAAGAAGACCAGGAUGUUGACAGCAAUGGCAAUGUUCAUCACCCAUUCAAUGUUACACCUGCACCCAUGUAUACACCCACCCAAUACACCCAUAGACACACACCAACUAACCCUGCACAGGCUAUCAUGGCAGGUUCAAUGUUGUCGAUAACAGGACCACCUCCGAUUACUGGGCCUUUGGAGAAACACUUCCCAGUCUCGUCUGGUACUGAUCACCGCGAAAAAGAAGGCGCUGGUUCAGAUGUGGAGGACUUACCUGUUUUUAAAGAGUCUAAACAUCCCGAACAGCGUAUCGAUAUAAGUGCUGUUAUUGCUCGCCGGCUUGGUGCACAGCAGAUCUUAAAUACUAAUCCAAGCGACUCGUCAGCCAAACUAGUGCUUGCCGAAUGUGAUCUCAAAUUGAAGAGAUGGAGUAGUCAAAACAAGAAACCAGGAAAAUUCACGGGUGCAGUUGGCACCAGGAUGAACAAGGCUGACAUAGCAGGUGCUGUGGAAACGUGGGUGAGAAAGGACUUUUUUCAUCAGUUGAAACCAGUUACAGGCGGUGUUGGUCAGAAAAUGAUGGAACGCAUGGGGUGGAAAGAAGGACAACCCCUUGGUAAAAACAUGGAGGGUUUUGUUGCUCCAAUAACAUUUGAUGUGAAGGUUGGCCGAGGUGGCUUGCAUAGUCAUGACGAACAACCUCAAUUGAAUCAGUACUCGGGUCGACAGCUACCAAAGAAAAGGCUAGCCCCUGUUGAAAACGUUAACGGAAAGCAUCCAGUUUCGGCACUUGCAGAAAUAUGCACCAAACAUAGAUUGGGUAUACCGGAAUAUGCCGUCGCCUUCGAGCAUGGUCAAUCUCACAGUAAGAACUUCUUGAUGAAAGUUACCAUACAGAAUGUGGAUUAUCAACCGUCUGUGGCCUCACCGAACAAAAAACAUGCGAAAGCACAGACGGCCUUGACAGCCUUGAAAAUUCUUGGGUACGUGAAAGAUUAAUUGCAUCGAUUGUCUUUUAAUCUUGCUCUUGAUACAAGCAACAUUAAUCGUCUUCUUAAAAGUUGUCUGUAUAACAGACAACUUUUUUAUAAGUAACACAGAACCUGUUGAUUCAAAAGAGCAAUGCUGAGCAUUGCAUUUUCAAUAUUAGAACGUGUACAUUUUACAUCACUGUUAUUUUGUAAAGAUUUUUCUGUAAUUUUUUAUAAAAACUGUAAAAGAAUAUAGUUUAUGUUAUCG